CGGGCGUCGAAAUGGAAGAAUAUGAUAGAGCCGUGCAACUUUGCUCCCUUGUAGCUUUGGAAACGGUUGAUCUUGAUACCGGGAUUGUUUUCACAAUGCUUCUCGAUCUUUACAAAAACUCGUCUGAAAAUGUCAGGCUCCAAGGUGCUUACGAACAUACAUCAGUCGCUAUGCUGAUUGAACGUUUGCUCAACUCUGAUGAACCACGAUUAGUAUUGAAUCUGAAUUCCGAGAAAAUGAAUGCGUUCAAAUCGUUGACAGAUAUCAUUAAGAAGAGCAAGGCGGAUGUUAUUCAGCCAAUA